GAUUGAGCACACAAGAAUUAAGGGAAUUGUCCCAAGAUACAUAUGUUGAUGGGUUUGAUCUUUCUCAAGUGAAAGUCGAAAACUCAAAACCCUUCAACAUGUCCCCACCGAAGUUAAAUGAUGAGGAAAUAGAUCGAGCCGGAGAAGCCUCAGCAGAUGCGGCAUUGGUGUAUCUUCGUAAAGAGGAUUGGGAAAAAGUUAGCACUUGGUUAAUUAAAUCCAAACCUCUACGGAUUGGACCUUCAUUGUUAGAUGCUGAGAUUGGUACUCGUCUUAUGGAUAGAACCGAGUGGCUUCACAACUCGGAGAUUGACGCCAUGAUGUACGUAUACAGGGAGAGAACAUCUCUGAAACGAUGGAAACUUCACCGUGUCGCCUUCAUGUCUGUUGUCUUCAGCAACAUGAUUAAAAAGGAGUAUGAGAGUUUCAAGGCGGGUAUAAGAAAAUACAAGCUUCAUGAUUUGCUAGUGCAGUACGGCAAAGGGGUCCUUCCACCACAUGGACAGACACAAGAGAUAUGGAAUGUAGAUGUGGAUCGACUGUAUGUCCCUGUUCAUGUUAGCGGGAAUCAUUGGAUCGCAUUGUGUAUCAGUUUCGUGACGAGGAGCAUUGAUGUGUUUGAUUGCUCGGGCAGAAAAAGGUACAAGGAAUUGGAUGGGUUCGCAAAUCUUGUUCCUCGUAUUGUCAAGGCAGUUCAGCCACCGAGUUACCAGAAGGACUUUACGUUCGCUGCAUAUACGGUUCACUAUGUCCCCAUGGGUAAGCUGAAUAAAAGUGCAUGUGAUUGUGGUGUCUAUACAAUAAAGUUCAUCGAGUGCCACUCGCUUGGAUUGAAGUUGUCGAUGGUGAAUGAUGGUAACAUCAAAGAAGCUCGCCACAGAAUUUUGUGGGAUCUAUGGGAAGCGGCAAACGACCCGGAAUUGGUUGAGAGGAUGUCAAAUUAUGAACCUCCAGAGUGUCUCACUUCAACCGUAGAAGAGAUUCUGUGAGAAUCGAUUUUUAAAUGUAACUAGUUCGGCUUUUAUUCUAACUUUUAGGAUAAAAAUGCUUAAUCUAAUGUGUGUUUUAUUAGGAACAUGAAUGCUUAAUCCCUCUAAUGAAUUGCUUUUGGGUUUAUUAUUCUAAGUUUUUGACAAUGUGUUUAAUGAGACCCAAAAAAGUCAUGUCGGCGACAACAAUCAACCGU